AUAUAAAUUGGUCUCACGAAGUCUAUGACAUGUCCUCAGUGACCGCUUAGGCUCCGAGAAGGGAAGACGUGUGUCGCUACAGAAAAGCUUAUUGAGAGAAAAGAAGUUUGUUAACAGAAAAGCUUAAAAAUGGGCAAUAAAGUGGCAGCCUUCUCAGAGGAGCAGCUAAAUGAAUACCAAGCCUGUACUUUUUUGACGAGGAAAAAUAUAUUGAGAGCUGAGCGUCUGUUUCGACAAAUUAGCAAUGAUCGAUGGCCGGAAGUCGUGACCAGAGAAUGUGCCUCGUCCUUCUCUGUUCCUUAUUCUUCCCUUGAUUCUCUCACUGAGCUUAAGGAGAACCCAUUCCGAAGACGUGUGUGUCAGAUCUUCAGUACAGACGGCUCGGCUUCCCUGACUUUCGACCAGUUCCUAGAGAUGUUUUCGGUCUUCAGUGAACACGCCCCCAGGGACAUUAAGGCCAUCUAUGCCUUUAGACUCUACGAUUUCGACAGCGAUGGCUACUUAAGUGAGCAAGAUUUACUCCAUACUGUGAAACACUUAACACUCGACCUGUUAAACCCAGACGAGUAUUCUACCAUUGUCGCCAAGGUUCUGGAGGAAGGAGACGUUGAUUGUGAUGGAAGAAUUUCACAGUCAGAAUUUAUCCAUGUCAUUCUCAAGAGCCCAGACUUCGUUCCUAAUUUCCAUAUCCGGAUUUAAAGUCAGAUUGCAAUGACGUCACAUGUUUUAUUAUUAUUAUUAUUACGUAUUAUUAUCCAUCAUCAUUCUUCUCUAUAACAAACAAACACAAAACUCAUGUUACUUGAGUAAUUGGUUAGCGUGUUGAGCUUGGGCGCGGCCUUCCAUUACCCAUAUGAACUACCGUACAUUACCCACGCAAUCCUGCCUUAAUACAUAAAUACGAUGUUUUGUGUUUGAUUUUCACCUUUAAGGGAAAAAUGUGGUUAAAAUAAUGUAAAGUAUUGAUUAUUGUAGUAAA